CCGACGACGAUACGAAGGUGACGACUCUGAAGAAUGGGCUUCGGGUGGCGACGGAGACGAUCCCGCACGCGGAGACGGCGACGGUCGGGGUGUGGAUCGACGCCGGGUCGCGAUACGAGGACGCGACGACGAACGGUACGGCGCACUUCUUGGAACACAUGGCGUUCAAGGGUACGAAGGCGCGCACGGCGGCGGGAUUGGAGGAAGAGAUUGAGAACAUGGGCGGUCACUUGAACGCGUACACGAGCCGCGAGCAGACGACGUACUACGCCAAGGUUCUGAAGAAGGACGUCGGCGCGGCGGUGGACAUCUUGAGCGACAUCUUGCAGAACUCGGCGCUUGAGAAGUCGCAAAUCGAGCGCGAGCGAGGUGUGAUCCUUCGCGAGAUGGAAGAGGUGGAGAAGGACAUGGAGGAGGUUCUCUUUGACCACUUGCACGCGACGGCGUUCCAGCAAACGUCGCUCGGGACGACCAUCCUCGGCUCGGACAAGUGCGUGCGCUCGGUGACGCAAGAAGACUUGCAGACGUACAUUAAGACGCACUACACCGCUCCGCGCAUGGUUCUCGUCGGCACGGGCGCUGUGAACCACGAUGAGCUCGUGAAGCUCGCCGAGUCGUCCUUCGCCGGUCUCCCGACGGAGGGCGCGAGCACCGAGGCUUUAGUGUCUAAGAACCCGGGUCACUUCACCGGCAGCGAAGUUCGCAUUCGCGAUGACGACAUGACCACGUGCCACUUCGCCGUGGCGUUCAAGGGUGCGUCCUGGACCUCUCCAGACGCCGUCCCGCUCAUGGUCAUGCAAGCCAUGCUCGGGAGCUGGGAUAAGCACGCCAUCGGGGCGGGCGACAUGAUGUCCCCGCUCGCCCAAGCGUUCAACGCCAACGAACUCGGCAAAUCUUUCAUGGCUUUCAACACCAACUACGCCGACACAGGCCUGUUCGGCGUGUACGUCUCUUCUGACAACCUCGACGGUCUCGACGACACCGCCUUUGCGGUGAUGCGCGAAUUCCAAAACCUCAUUUAUGGCCCCGAAGAGAGCGACGUGUUGCGAGCCAAGGAAGCGCUCAAGUCUUCGCUGUCGCUGCACGCCGAGUCCGGCACCAGCGCGCUGGCCGAGGAGGUCGGCCGGCAGCUCCUGACGUACGGCAAGCGCAUGUCUCGCGCCGAAUUGUUCGCGCGCAUCGACGCUGUCAACGUCGAAACCGUCAAGGCGACGGCGUGGAAGUACAUCCGCGAUCAAGAGUUAGCUAUCGCCGCCAUCGGUCCGACGCAGUUCCUGCCGGACUACCUGUGGUUCAGAACGAGCACGUACAACAACUUUUACUAA